CUCUCAGUAUGUGCAUACCGAUUCGUGGGAUUUAGAGAGAAACAUAGAGAAGAGAACUUAACAUUCAACUGAGGGUUUCACUUUGCACAUACAAAUCUAGACCUAGAUACCACUAUUCUAAUUCUAAAUUCAAGAGAUGGCCAUGCAUCGCGAGUCUUGGGCUUUUGUCUUCGGCCUUUUGGGCAACAUUAUCUCCUUUGGAGUGUUUCUUGCUCCAUUACCAACCUUUUAUCAAAUUUACAAGAAGAAAUCAACUGAAGGGUUUCAGUCACUUCCUUAUGUUGUUGCACUGUUUAGUGCAAUGCUUUGGAUUUACUACGCAUUCGUCAAGAAGGAAGCUGCACUCCUUCUCAUUACCAUUAACACGUUUGGAAUUGUUGUGGAGUCAAUUUACCUUGCAAUCUUCCUAUUUUAUGCUCCAAGGAAGCCUAGGCUUUCGACCAUCAAGCUUCUUCUCUUGUUGAAUGUGUUUGGAUUCGGAGCCAUGCUUCUAUCAACUCUCUACCUUUCAAAGGGAGCAAAGCGUCUUGCUAUCAUAGGAUGGAUUUGCUUGGUUUUCAACAUAAGUGUCUUUGCUGCGCCUCUCUUCAUUAUUAGGCGAGUGAUAAAGACGAGGAGCGUGGAAUACAUGCCCUUUACUUUGUCCAUGUUUUUAACCAUCAAUGCUGUUAUGUGGUUCUUCUAUGGCCUUCUCCUCAAAGAUUAUUACGUUGCUCUCCCAAACACACUUGGGUUUCUGUUCGGCAUAAUUCAGAUGGUGAUGUACUUGAUAUACAGAAACGCCACUCCAGUGGCACUAGAGCCAGUGAAGGCUCAAGAAUUGAAUGGCCACAUCAUCGACGUUGUGAAGAGUGGAGCAAUGGGCCCGAAUCAUGCAACUACUGGUGGUGGUGUUGGCAAAGUCUGAAUAUUAUUAUUUCACCUUUGAGAAUUAUAUGAAUGUGGAGAAACAAGGGACCGAUAUGACAAGAAAAGUUAAAAAAAGUUAACCUAAACGAUCAAUUACUUUACCGAGUGAAGUCACAUCUAAUAUCACUCAUAUCUACAAUGCAAGAACAGUACGUAGUCUUUGGUAUAAGUGUUUGGUUUGAUUAAUGUAAAGGUGUGGUUUAAAUUUGCCUGUUCGGGUAGCUGUAACUAUUGGGCACUCAACAAAAGCUUAAUUUGCUCUUAGCCUCUCUUUGGCCCAUACCCUUCUCAUAUUGUACCCCUACGUGUAACGUACGUAGCAUAUUCUCUUCUCUCAGUGUAUCCCUCAGUCAAACUCAUUUCAAUUCUCUUUUCCCUUGUAUACGUAAUUAAUGUUGAGUAAUGAAAAUUAAUUAUUUUA